UUCAACAUUAGAAAAUUUUGGAGAGAAACUUCUAUGUUGUUGUUUAAAGUUUAAACUGGUAAGAAACGGACAGAUGCAUAAACACUAAACACAAAGAUUUGGCUUUUACGAUAAUAUGGAAGAAACAAUGAAACAGAGGACUCUGUUUUCAGUCCUCUGUUUUGUCCUCAUAAGCUUCGGUGGUUCUUCAGUUUCAGCUCAAACAUGCAAGGAGAACAGGGGGACUUUCAUACCUAACAGUAGUUACGACGUAAAUCGCCGUCUCAUCCUCUCUUCUCUUCCUUCCAACGUCACGGCUCAGGAGGGUUUAUACUACAACGGUUCGAUCGGACAAGAACCGAACCGUGUCUACGCAGUUGGGAUGUGCAUCCCAGGAUCAACUUCAGAAGACUGUUCUGAUUGUAUCAAGAAAGCUUCUGAUGAAUUUUUAAAGAAUUGUCCUAACCAAACAGAAGCGUAUUCAUGGCCAGGUGAUCCCACGCUUUGCUAUGUGCGCUGCUCCAACACUUCUUUCCCUGGAUCUGCAGAACUUGACCCGCAGUUCCUGCUCUUCAACACUGGAAAUAUCAACUCAAAUCUAACAGAGUUCACAACAAUAUGGGAAGGAUUAAUGGCUCGUAUGAUUGCUACAGCCUCCGCAGAAAAAAGCACACCUUCUUCCAGUGAUAACCAUUACACAGCUGAUUCAACAGCCUUGACACCUAUCCGGAAAAUAUAUGCCUUGAUGCAAUGCACGCCGGAUCUUUCUUCUCGUGAUUGUGAAAAUUGUCUGCGACAAAGCGCAAUUGACUACCAGUCAUGCUGUGGUCAGAGGCAAGGAGGUGUUGUUAUGCGGCCAAGCUGCUUUUUGCGGUGGGAUUUGUAUACAUAUUCCAAAGCUUUUGAUAAAAUUACGGUGGCUUCUCCCCCUUCAGAACCUGCAGGUGAUCAGAACAACUCGACUGACAAUGAUAACAAAGGAAUCUCAGCUGGAGUUGUUGUGGCUAUUACCGUUCCCACUGUUAUUUCCGUCUUGAUACUGCUGGUUCUUGGAUUUAUUAUUUUCCGGAGGAGAAAACCAUACCAAAGAGCUGAGAUAGAAUCUGAAAGUGAUAUUUCAACUACAGAUUCAUUGGUAUACGAUUUUAAGACAAUUGAAGCUGCAACUAACAAGUUUUCAAUGAGUAAUAAGCUCGGUGAAGGUGGAUUUGGUGCGGUUUACAAGGGUAAGCUUUCUAACGGAACUGAAGUAGCUGUGAAGCGACUGUCGAAAAUGUCAGGACAAGGCACAAGAGAGUUUAGGAACGAGGCUGUUCUUGUGUCGAAACUUCAACACAGGAAUCUGGUUAGGCUUCUUGGUUUCUGUUUGGAAAGAGAGGAGAAGAUUUUGAUCUAUGAGUUUGUCCCCAACAAAAGCCUUGACUAUUUCCUAUUUGACCCUGUAAAGCAAAGCCAGCUAGACUGGACCCGAAGAUACAAGAUCAUUGGAGGGAUUGCUCGAGGGGUUCUGUAUCUUCAUCAAGAUUCACAGCUCAGAAUCAUACAUCGUGACCUCAAAGCCAGCAACAUUCUCUUAGAUGCAUAUAUGAACCCAAAAAUUUCAGAUUUUGGAUUGGCAACUAUUUUUGGAAUGGAGCAAACUCAAGGAAACACAAACAGAAUUGCUGGAACCUACGCAUACAUGUCUCCCGAGUAUGCAAUGCAUGGUCAAUACUCCAUGAAAUCUGACAUUUAUAGCUUUGGAGUAUUAGUUCUUGAGAUUAUAAGCGGCAAGAAAAAUAGCAGCGUCUACCAGAUGGAUGAAACUAGUACUGCUGGAAACUUGGUCACUUAUGCUUCGAGGCUUUGGAGGAACAAGUCACCAUUAGAGCUGGUGGAUCCGACGAUUGGAAGAAAUUAUCAGAGUAAUGAAGUCACUAGAUGCAUCCAUAUCGCGCUCUUGUGUGUUCAAGAAAAUCCAGAAGACCGUCCAAUGUUAUCAACAAUCAUCUUAAUGCUCACUAGCAACACUGUCACUCUACCAGUGCCUCGCCUACCGGGAUUUUUCCCACGUAGUAAGCAACUGGACCUGGUAUCCGAGGGAUCAGAGUCUGGUCAGUCUACUACUAGCAAGUCUUUGCCUCAUUUAGUUCGUAAACAGUGAUAUGUUUUCGUAAUCAUAUCUGAAAAUUUAAUUUUUUAUUUCUCCAUGGACAUAAGAUAUAUUGCAUGUUUCUCUGUAAUUAUAUGUUGUUAACUGUAAAAUGCAAUGGUCAGUACUCAGUUCUAUAAGGAAUAAGGAUCGCUUCUUUGUCAAGUUCUUACAGAAGUAAAAACUGCAAUUUAAGACAAUAUUUACAGGUUUAA